GAAAAGUGGGUUACAUACCUCUAUAAAGACGACAAGUUUACUCAACUCCAAUAUUUACAUACAUUGAAUAAGUAAGUAGUUCUCAUUCAAACUCUUCUUGGGGACACUCAUUUAUUACGCUUGCACAGCUGUCGUGUGUAACCAGAGAGCCUAUAGCAGGUAGGUGUCGUGAAGGUGGAGGAGAGAGGAGGGCAGACUGCCUAUUGUUUUACAGGAUGACUGCCUCCUAUUUUCAGCAGCAGAACUUGAAGCGAGAAGAACCUGUUGCGACAAUUUAUGACGGGACAACGGACUAAAACUUCGUCUGACAGGAGGAAAGUGGAGAAGACGGAUUUUCAGCUUAAUCACAAUGCCUGUUUAUGGACUGGUCGCUCAUUUUUAUAUUUUCAUAACACUUGGACAAUUAAUUACAGCGGACCUGACUGACUUUUCAUGACAAAUCCGCAAUGUACUACUCUCUGAGGAGCGCGUGCGUAAUGGAACUCUUCUUUCGAAAGAAAAAGAAUUUAAGAACUGCGGUCAGCCUGACUUUGGUUUUUGCCACUAUACUGAUGCUUCAGAGGUUAAUUACAGUGGACACGAAUUUUAAAAAUACCAAAGUCGACGUGAAACGCAAAUGGUGUGGACCCACAUGUAAAAGCAUAAAGGCCAUUGAAAAUGCAUCCCAAUCACACGGGAAUGGCUUGGCGCCAGUGGAAAGAAAACCCAUGCCAUCAAAAUGGGACGUGAAUAGUAUUAAAUGUCAUGAAAAUUCCACGAUGAAGACUCGAGCCUGGUUUCGUCGCUUGAACCCAAGGUUCCACGAAUUUGUCCUGCACAGACAUUGCAGAUACUUCCCAAUGUUGCUGAGUCACCCGGAGAAGUGUAGCGGUGACGUGGAUGUUCUGCUCGUGGUCAAAUCGGUUAUUGAAGAACAUGACCGGCGAGAAGCCGUGCGACAGACCUGGGGAAAGGAGCAAGAAAUCCAGGGCUUGAAAAUCAAAACACUAUUUCUAUUAGGCACUCCGGCCACUGGCAAAGACACACGAAAUUUGCAAGCCCUAGUCCAAUAUGAAGACCGAACCUACGGGGACAUCUUACAGUGGGACUUUAUGGACACUUUCUUCAACCUCACUUUGAAGGAGGUGAACUUUCUGAGAUGGUUCAACAUCUACUGCAGUGGAGUUCCCUUCGUCUUCAAAGGGGACGAUGACGUUUUUGUCCACACCAAGAACUUAGUGGAACUAAUUGGCUUUCGGGUGGAGGAGAACAGAGUGGAAAACCUCAUUGUAGGAGACACCAUUUUAGAAGCCAAACCGAUCAGAAACCGCCAGAGUAAAUAUUUCAUUCCCAAAGAGUUGUAUGAUAAACGCUAUCCACCUUAUUUGGGUGGGGGAGGAUUUCUCAUGUCCUCUCAGGUGGCCCACAGGCUCUUUGCGGUUUCUGAGGGCGUGGAGCUUUACCCCAUUGAUGAUGUGUUUUUGGGCAUGUGUCUUCAGAAGCUGAAGAUCGUCCCUGAACUGCACCUGGCCUUCAGGACAUUUGGGAUCAUUAAGCGUAAAGUGACUCGUCUGAACCGGGAGCCGUGCUUCUUCCGCAACCUCAUCGUGGUGCACAAACUCGGUCCGCAGGAGCUGCUGCAAAUGUGGACGCUUGUUCAAAACGAGGACUUGAACUGUGCCAGACACGUCGUAAUAUGAAAAGAUGCGUAUUUAUAAAGACACUGUUAAGAUAUUUUUUUUCAAAUGAAGCGUUUUUGUUAUUUUCAUUCAAUGUUCUUUUUUUUUGUAAUUUUGUAAGGAAGGAUGAAGAUGGUGAAUAUUUGUGUUAUCAACUGUCAGAUGUAGGCUAAUAAAUUACAAGUCUUUCAGUUAUGGUCUUAUAAUACAGGGAACAAAUACAACCCAAAUCGAUCCAUUUUUGUUUAUAUAAGCCUACAGGGGCUAGCUGGCGCAAUGUUUCCUCCAUUGAGCAAGUAGGCCUAUAUUCUAAACACAUACCUUAAAGACUUGGCUAAAAAGGUGAAACCCACGGAAAAAAAGAGAAUAAAUAAAUGGGAAAAGAUGCAUAUUGCAUAUUAAGCUGGACCUUUGUGACAUAUUUGGACUACAACUUGUAGUUGCUUGUAGUCUACAAGCACGAAACAAUUCACCAAAUAGGAAUAGGCUAAUGUAAAAGGUAAGACACAAAUAUGUAACACCUGUUUUGGCCAACAAAUAAUGUAAUUAAUAAAUUGCUUUUAUACACUUAAAACUCAUGUAAGUUUGCCCAACCUGGAAAAUGUUUCACUAAAGAGCUACCUUCAUUACAUAUUUGAUACUUGUCUUCAUGUACACUAGUGUG